CGAUAGGGCAGGAGAGAGAGAGACAGGGGGGAGGAGAGAGAAAGAGAAAGAGGGAACGUCGAGUCCUCACCUUGCAAGAGGUGAGCUCCACCACGCAUCGCAAAGCGGCUGCUGCAAAAGCGAGCCGACUCUUCUUCGGUCAGUUGCUAUUUGCAACCGCUGCUGGCAGCGUUUGUUACUCCUGCCGCUAUCUUUCUGCCAAGGGGGGUAGUCACGGUGGAGGGUUCUGUGGAGGCGAUAGUCGUGGUGGUCGUCGUGCUCGUUCGAAAGGCAGUGGUAGGUGCUUGUGCCCGUGCUGCGCCUACGUCGAAAAAGGAAAAGAUAAAGAUAGGUAGAGCUCGCGCGCGCGCGAGAGAGAGAAAAGUAGCCCUCGAGGUUACGAGGCCAGAGGAGAAAGUGGGUGUUGCCGAAGUAACGUGUGGACCGUUCGGGAGCUGCCGAGGGACAUGCCGGGAGCCCGGACAGGUGGUGGCGUGCUAGGAUACGACGAAGGAUAAGAGGAAGGAAUUGGAGGAAAAGGAACGAAAAAAGGAUGCCACUUUUCGUUGAUUCCCGAUCAACGAGUCAUCGACGUCAUCAACGUUAUCUCGACGUUAACUUUGUGUUCAGUGAAGGACCUUUGGCGCUGAGGAAGGUCCGAGGAAGAUGGCUGGAGGAAGGAGUAUAGUAUCUAGAGAGACGAGACAUCGUUCUGCACGAAGUUGGCCCUCGUACGAUUAGAGAGAAUCGAGGUAGAAAGGUGAUUGGAAAGGGAGAGGGUGCUUCCUUCCAUUCUGAGGAUCGAAAUGAGCGAUCUACAGGCUACCCUCGAGUUCUCCCUCGAGCUCUGCAAGUUCUACAAUGUUGACCUCUUUCAGCGAGGAUAUUACCAAAUCCGGACGGCUCUUCGAGUGUCGCCGAAAUUGCCGGUCAAGGUGGAAGUCAAUCAGCUGCGAAACCAUUCGUUGGAGGCACCGGGCACGAGCAAACGCUUUCCGAUCCUGUACAGAAACGAGGAGGUGACACUGGGUACUUCGGUCCUAUUUCGUGCCCACGUGCUUGUACACAGUCACAAGAUCGAGGAGGCCCUGUCUCGCACCCACUUCAAUCUCGGCGUCGAACUAUGGUUCAGCGAACAUACACAACCCGGAAACAUGGCAUGCGUGUCAUCGAGGGCAUUGCAGCUAAACUUUGCGCCAACGAAGGGCCUCCAUUAUCAUCUCCCGGUACUCUUCGAUUACUUUCAUCUCGCCGCCGUAUCCAUCACGAUCCACGCUUGCCUCGUGGCGCUUCAUCAGCCGUACAUCAAGAAAAGCAUCCUGCAUUAUGUUCAGAGUUGCGCACCGCGCGGUGGAAAGCCUUGGUUGCAAUUUAAACAGACGGCAGCAAACAGCGAAAACAACGCGACAUUCGGGAACGUCGAAAGCACGACAAGGUGCGUCGGUUCGGCUACAAGGAUGCAACACGCAAGGUUGGUUCAACAGGAAGUGACGAGACUACUCUUAGCCGCUAGGGAAUCCCUGUUGAACGAUCUGGCCGAUCUAGCGAGACUUUUACCCUCUUGGCAGCAAAGGGCACUCGAGCUUGCACAGAAUACGCACAAAGAGAUCACCAAGAUGAUGGACACGGAAGAGGCGGAUAUAGCUCAACUCUGCGCACAAAAUAUCGUUCUCUGGCAACACUUUCUGGAAGCGUUUUCUGGUCGCGAAGCUGUGCAUCAGCAUCUCGCUAGGAUUCAUCAUCAGUUGCGAGUUAAACGCUUCGCGGAGGGUUUCUUCGUGCUGGAAAAUCCACGAAUGUCGGCGGCGGGCUGUUACGAUGCAAAUUAUCAAUCGUAUCAGGCUGUGAGCGAGACCGCACGAAGAUCGCGUUAUCUCGCCUCGCUGCCUCCGUUGCCGGUCCAUUGCCCGGAAUUGGAUGGCGAUCUUCAUUCGUUGCCUUUAAUCUUCGAGGAUCAAUAUGCCGAUAUGCAACAGAGACACAGAAACAGUAUUCCCAGCAUGGACGACUGUAGCUGCGGGAUCGCCGCGAUUCUGGAAUCCAGAUCUAUGGGUAUCUGGUCGCCGAGAAGCGAAGGUGCUGCGCAGGAUAUCGGAGCGAUGCAGGCUCGCUUCGCGACCACUCCUUCGACAUUACCGGCCAGGCACAGCAAGUCUCUCGAUCAGCUUGGCCCCGAAAUGCCGCCGUUGCAGCCAAGGGCUUCGCCCAAGACAUUACCCAGAUCGGUCUCGACGCAAUUAUUUCCCAAACAACGUGGCGGAAUUAGAAAUGCGACUCCACCGGCGACGGUUCCGUCGAGAGGAAGGCCAAGGUCAACGGUACCGUCCGGCAACACCCUCUUUCCACCGUCCGGACAACAGCAGGCCUGUUCGGCGCCAAACCCAUCGUUGAGUUCCACACCGGUGAUACCUCUUCCUCGUGCCAAAUCCACGCAGAUGUUGGUGCAAAAUCGGCAACAAGUCGAUCCGCAAUCCACGUCCAUCGGUUCGCUUCUUGUGGCGAUGUUUCCCGAGCUACCGUCGGACACUCGACUCCCUGGCUAUCGGCCGUCCGCUAAGUCCUGCGAACAGAAUCUAACGGUACCCUCCUACGUGAGAACGUUGGACUUGGCCCAGCUGGCUGAUUGCUUGAAUACCGAAAGCAAAUCUUCACAAAUCUCUGAAGACUUUCACUCUUUGGACACCAGAAGGAUACGAUUGGAGCCGAGGAGUCAUCGAUUGUUGAACCGUCAAGGCCUCGCCGGUAACGAUCAAAACAAUUUUCCUCUCGGCAAGUCCGGUGCAAACGUUGAUGGUUUCUUGCACGAACAACAGCCUCUUCACACGGCCACUCUCGACAGGAUAACGUAUCGUGGUAACGCCAGAAAGCAGGCACAUCAAACAGGUGGUAAAUACAAUCAAACGAACGGAUUGGAAUCACGACGUUACCACACAAUCGGGAAAACUAGCUCUGGCCAUGGACAACGCAAUCGGGAAACGCAGGAUUCGAUGAACGGUGCCACGCUGACGAGCAGUCAUUCGUUGCUGAUGGAACCGUUAUACAGAGUAUCGAAUUACUCCUCGACCACUACGGAUUCCUUCUUUUAUCGAACGAACGGCAUCAGCGGCCGUACUCGCGACGAGACUGAUCGACCGAAGAGACCAAAGAGUACCGACAGACUCGUCGACGAGGUCGAGAGGAACGAAUGUUGCGAGUUUAGGAGGGAGAGGACGAAAAGGAAAGAGGAGAGAGUGACAAAGUCGCCAAGGAACGGUGUAACUUUGUCGUGUUACAUGGAGGAGAAACAACAGAAGCGAGGUCAACGAGAAAAAAGGACGAUCGAAUCGCCUAACGAGCCUCUCUACGAGGUAAUUACGCUCAAAGUCGAACCAAAAAGGGAAACGCGCGUUGAAAGAAGAAGAGACAAGCACGGUAGAAGGCCACAUUCCGCUCCCGUUUUGGACACCGAACGUCCAUCCGAGGAUGGUAGAAAGUGUGGUCAUAGGAACAGGAAGGCCGCCCCACCGCCUCCGGCUUAUCAGGAUCCGGCUAUGGCGCCUUUGCCCAAGUAUCGUCAUCCACCGCCAGCACCUACGACCAGUGUCCUUGAAGUUGAGAAUAACAAUAAGAUCAUUCUGAAGGUUGAGCCAAUAAAGUCCCCGAUCGAGAUAUCGGCUACGAACGGCAGAACGCCAUCAUCCGAAAUUUCAAAUACCGGUGAACAGCCGCCCAAUGUGAAAAGACUGAGAUGUGCCAGCGUUCCCGUGGCACAGAACAAAAUCGUAGUCCCACGUAGCGCCGUUUCGCUACCAUGCAUGCCGAUACGCGAUAGCAAAGAUAGCCUUAGCAACAAUCAUCCCGUCAUUCCAAAUCCCCUUAGUCCGCCGUCCACUCGACCGAGCAGUCCUACAACGAGUUCGAGCUCUAGCAACUUGACGUCCGAGUGUUCAGGUUGGGUCAGCAGCGGCGACACGUCUAGCUCGGAACAAAGGCGAAACGCAAGAUUAUCCAGUGAACAGUUGCGUCAGAAACUUUCCAAGAUCGUACCUAGGAAAAAAAGUCCGGCAAAGGAGAGUAGUCCGGUCGAACAUUCUUACGAAGAAGUUAGAUUACCACCACCCAAGAUGUUCCAAGACGAGCCACCACCUCCCGAAGAGUUUCGUGAUCCACCAGCCCCUAUUGACAAUCCUCUUUAUCACGUGUACGAGACGGUAAAGAGAACUAGGAGUCCCAAGCGGAAUAAGACUGCACCUUGUAGUCCUCAACGCAGUCGGGAAAAUGCGUACGGUGGUGGUAGGGACAUCUGUUUGGAUUGUUACCAAGAAGGCAAGGAACUUUUACAGAGCACGCAGGACGACUUGAUCAAUUUUAAAAAAUGCAAGGAGGAGUUUAAGCGACAGAUGAGCUUCUCUGGAAGGAUUUAUAGAGAACGCAAGGAAGCGCAGUAUCGCUUCCAUAAGCGUGCCCGUUCUUUCGGAUACGGUGACCUUCUGACCCCGUCGUCGAUUCAACCUUUAAGAUCGAAUGUGCCUCUUAGCGAUUACCCAAGCCUGGCCUCGACCUUGCCGUAUUUCCACAUCAGCGACGAGUAUCGCCUCUUCUCGCCGGAAGGUGCUCAUCUAAUCGUUUGCGUACACGGGCUCGAUGGUAAUGCGGCUGAUUUACGUCUCGUCAAGACUUAUCUCGAAUUGGGUCUACCCGGGGCACACUUGGACUUUCUCAUGUCCGAGAAGAAUCAAGGAGAUACCUUCUCGGACUUUGACACGAUGACGGAUAGAUUAGUGGCUGAGAUUCGUCAUCACAUUGAAAUAUCGGGCUUGAAUCCAACGAAAGUGAGCUUCAUCGGACACUCUCUGGGGACCAUCAUCAUACGGAGUGCUUUAACGCGACCACAACUUCGGCCACUACUUCCUCGUUUGCAUACCUUCCUUAGUUUAAGCGGACCCCAUUUAGGCACUCUUUAUAAUACCAGUGGAUUGGUUAACGCUGGUAUGUGGUUCAUGCAAAAAUGGAAAAAGUCCGGAUCGUUGCUUCAACUGGCGAUGAAGGACGCGCCAGACGUCAGGCGUUCCUUCAUGUUUCGUUUGAGUCAGAAGAGCAAUUUGCAAAAAUUCAAGCACGUACUCUUGUGCGGAAGCGCCCAAGAUCGGUACGUGCCGCUUCACUCGGCGAGAAUAGAACUCUGCAAGGCUGCCGUACGUGAUCCGUCCGAUCAAGGGGCAGCGUAUCGCGAGAUGGUGCAUAAUAUACUCUAUCCCGUGAUGUCGGCAUCCGGUGUGAGCUUGGUCAGAUACGAUGUCCAUCAUGCGCUUCCACCGACAGCUAACGCUCUGAUCGGUCGAGCAGCUCACAUCGCCGUCCUUGACUCCGAGCUUUUCAUCGAAAAAUUUCUCCUCGUUGCUGGUCUCAAAUAUUUCAGAUAAGGAACGGGCAAAGCUUCAUUCGCGGAUGAGAGUACGGUCAUGACCUGAUGUGUACUCUAAGUCAUAGAAGCCAAAGAAUGAUAAACGACAAAAAGGGACAAGAGAAAUGAAGAAUAUAUGAUAGUAUCUUGGUGUAAAGAAAGGAAGAGAGAGAGGGAGAGAAGAGAUUGACAAAGAGAGAGAACGGCGCGAUAUCGUCGCUUCUUCAAUAGCUAGUCCGUUUCUGAUCACAAGUAUGAGAGACACCGCAUGAUUAUUGAUUAGGUAGUUCGAUUAACGACGAAGAAAAAAAACGAUUACAUUUUAAAAAUAAACGAUUUUCCCACGGUCGCAUCGGUUCGAAAAUCUUUCGGCCUAGUUCGAGAUCGAUCGAAGAUUUUUAGGAAAGAAAACAAAAACCAAAAAAAAAAAGAAAUCACGAACAAAAAUUAUCGAGAAUCAUCGACGGAUCCUCGUAACGCCAAUUUCAUCGAUAUAUCGCGACGAAAAAUCAUACAUACCUAUAUUAAUUGUAAGACCAUCGAACGAGAUUGGUCAAUUGGUCGGGCAAGUGUGCGUCGCAAUGUACGUUCUUUCGUUUCUUCUUUUCCGUACGCUCUUUCUUUUCCAUUUAUCUUCUUUGUUUCUUUUCAGAAAUUUCAAGAUAUCAACUCGCGUCAUUCGUCGCGAUAUACUUGCCGCGUAUUAAAACGUAUGUAGACGAUGUUUCGCUGACUCUCAAACUAACAUAAGAGUUCAUCGUGAAUAUAACAUAAUGAUUAUAAUUUUCAUACACGCGUUAAACGUUUAAACAUAGACGCGAACUUUCACGACAUUAAUCGAAUGUUGUAUUCAAUAAAUAUUCGUAGUUCCGUAAUUCUCAUUCUAUAUUUUUUUAUUGAAGCCUCAAAUAUAAUUUCUCCUAUAAGUUUUUGUCAAUGAAGUCACGGGUAACUCUCAUCGUAAGAGUCAGCGAUUCGCCGCAUAUUUAAAAGAAAAGAAAGGAGAAAAGUUAAAAAAAAAGUAAAUAAAAAGAAAUAAAAUAAAAUAUAAAAUAAAAAGUACGCGAGAGAGAGAGAGAGAGAGAGAGAGAGAGAGAGAGAGAGAGAGAAAGAGAGAAAGAGAUAAUGCGAGAGAACGUAUUGUCUAGUCGUUAGGAAAGUUAUGAAACGCAUGUCAAUUGUUACCCUCAGAUAAGUGUGAGUGCGUCCCGUGCGUGUAGAGAGGAUGGAUGAUCCAAAUAAGAAAACGAAAAAAAGGACGAUGGACGAAAAGAAAAAAAAAUGAAUAUAGAAAAGACAACACGAAUUGGAGUAUUAUGUUCGUGCGAUUUUCGUUGGUGUUGCACGACGAAGAAAAUGUGCAUAAUUCGAUUAGAACUUUCGAAGGAGCUUAACGCAAAUGAGCUCGACGAACGAGCUUGCGAACGAAGAAUACAAGUCGCGCUAAAAGAAGAUGAAAGGGCGUUCUAUUUGCGUGCGAAGAAAAUGGAAACGUAUUUAAAAGAAGAAAGGGAACGAAAGAAAAAAAAAACGUUUCAGGUAUAUGAAAUCCCUCCAGUACUAGAUCUCAAUUGCUCGUAACAAUCUACGAAGAAUUAUAAUUAAUUAAAUAACUCGACCAGCGGACGUUCUACAAAAGGAAAUACGCCUAUUAUACGAUCGAUCAAUCGUCGUCGGAAUGAGAGUCGCGCGCGCGCCAGAGGGAGAGAGAAACAGAAAGAGAGAGAAAGGGAGGGAGGGAGAAAGAGGGAGAGGAGAAAGAGGGAGAAAGCGAAAAAGAAAAACAUAUAUAGAAUUAAUUAAUAAAGAAAGAAAAAUGAAAUGGCGUCGUAGUGUACAUCAUCGUCGUAGCUUGUCGAUCAUUAUCAUAUAAUUAACUUUUAAUUAAUUAUCGCUAAGACUCUUUACAAGACUCUUAAGUCGUUGGUGCUAAGUAUGGAAAUCUUCAUUUCUUUCUUCUACAGUCAAUAUUAUUCAUUUAUAUGACACACACACACAUAUUCAAGAUCAAUUUGUUCCGCUUUUUAACCUAAUAUUAGAAGCGUCGGGUGAAUUCGAUGCGUGAUGAUAUAUUGUUCCUUUUUAUCGCGAAUGUUUAACGAAACAGAAACAGAGACUCAACCCAGUGGAAAUUGACCGCGAAUUUUGAUCGAUUUCUUUACGAUAGAUUAAGUAAUUUUUGCAACCCAGCAUAUUUCCUUUUUCCUUUUUCAACGGGCUGGUAUCCCAUAUAAAAAAAAGAAUAAAAGAGAAAGAAAAUGCACGUGUGUGUUUUUGCGUGUUUAUGCGUGUAUGAGGGAAAGAGAGAAAGAGAGAGAGAGAGAGAGAGAGAGAGAGAGAGAGAGAGAGAGAGAGAAAGGAAGAGAGAAAGAUAAUUAUUAUACGAUCAUCUAUGAUAAAAAAUUAUUGACGAUUUUUAAGAGGCAUUAACAAUAACGAUAAUUACAUAUUAAUUAAUUAUGUGAGCGAAUCGAUUAUUAUAAAUGAAUUUGUUGGAGCGUAAACGAAAAUUUCAUUUCCUCGAUUCGACGAAAUGCAAACCGCUCUCUUUUCGUUGCAUUGCAUUGUAA